AUGGAAUCGAAGAUAUGGUUGGAGAAAAACUGUCGUCGUCUCCUAGCAUCUAGUAAUGGUAUACUUGUGGGCACGACAUAUGGAGCGGACGAGGAAUCUUCAAAGAUCUUUAUCGGUAAUCCAACAACGAAAAUGUGGAGUACCAUAGACUGGCCUCGUGAAGUAAAGGUAAACAAGGUAACUUACAACGAGUCCGAUAAUUCUCAUGUUUGUUUGGUUUGUGGUUAUGGUUUUGGAAUGGAAAUUAAUAAUCACCCAAUCGAUUAUACUAUUUUAUUGUUUACCAUGCACAUUUAUAUUGAUGAUAGUGAUCUAUCGAAUGUCGGGUAUAACGUCCACAUUCUUACCAACGGUGAGUUCAUUAUGAAACAUGCCAAUCUUCACAUAGGCCACAGGAGAUUGAUUUUCGAUGACCUGGUGGCAUGCCGUGAUGGAUUGUAUGUUAUUUCGGACUGCGGUGAUUAUUUAUCUGAACGUUCUGAAUUUUAUUUUCCUUACUUAUUCCACUACAAUGUCAAAAAUGGAACCUCCGCAUUCAUUGCGUUGCCCACAGGAGCAAUUGAAUAUUUCAACACUCACUGGCCAUUAAAUUUUUUUGGAUGGGAACGCAACCCAGGGAAAUCGUAUUUCGAAUAUAUUUGUUUGGCAAGUUACCACCGAGGCAUUCUUACUUUGUGGGUACUAGACGUAGCAAUUGAAGACAUGCAAGGGAGAAAUUCAUGGCGUGAACAAAUUAGCAUUGACGUGGUUCAAGGUUUAAGCAUCCCUAGCCCUCAUCUAUGGACAAAUUGUUUCUGUCUCGUGGAUAAGACCUUGGUAUUCCGUCAUGGAAGUUAUAUACAUAGAUAUUUCCUGCAUGGGCAACAUUGUGGGCAGCUGGAAGUCAUAUCAACUAAUGUGCGUAGUUCAAGUAGUGAAGUACGAUUUAUUCCGUACUCCACCACUCUCCGUCCAUGUGUUACAGAUGUAAACGAGUAG